UUGUUGUACUCUGUUGGUAGUGUAGGUGUACUCCUGUACCCUGUUGGCUGUUGGUAGUGUUGUUGGACUCCUGGGAAUUAAUUUGCAUUACGUACUGCUAAAUGACUCGAAGAAAUCCCCAAGGACAGAAACACCUUUGACUUGUGUUUGUAGGAAGUGUAGUUACAGACAGAUAUGUUAUAGAUAACAAAUCAAUUUGUAUCAAUGAGCUCCCACACUCUCCUUUGCAUUUAAAGUGCUAGAACAUGGAAAUAGUCAACAUAUGGACAUAAAAUCACGCUCACUCAGGUCAGAUAUAAGCAUAUCAUCUUAUCAGAACACAAGAUAAAUAAUUAAACCCCAAGACAUAUUAGCGCCAGGACGCGUCAAUUUCCGAAACGAGCAGCAGAAAGUUCCUUCAACAUUUCCUGGCGUGUGAGGUGACUUCCACGCCCUCCCAGACGCCUACUUAAGCACAGCCUCGAUGUACGCUCCCCUCAGUACACCAUACUGGACCCCACGCUCCAGUCCACAUGCUCCAAGAAGCUGCGUCACGCUACGUCCCACUGUUGUCCCGGGACGCCUGUCUUGGUCUCCGCAGCCUAAUUUCUUCUCUCACAUCUCUGGCCUCCCACCAGCCCCAGAAGGUCGUGGACGCCCACGUCAGCUGCAGCACGGCUCCUACUGGCGCAUGAGUCCUCUCUGCCUCUGAACCACCCGCUUCCAAGACACAUGUCAAUGAUCGGGGCAGUGUGGGCAGUGUGGGGGCUGGCCCAGUGUGUGCUGACUGUGGACCAGUACCUGGAGGCGGGCCCAGGAGUGUGUGGCACAGACAACACCACCUUCCUACAUACUUCCGACCUCUUGUGUGCCAUUACUUGUUCUAGAGAACCCUGGUGCGUGGCCUUUAGUGUGGGCGGUGCGCCUGAUAGCUCCUGCAUCAUCCACGAAGAUGUACAGCUUCACCCUAACAUCAGCUUUAUUUGCUACCUUAAAGACGUUUCCGUUAAUGGAACCAGUGCUGCACCUUAUAGACGUCCAACACCCCAGGUCUCAACCCAGGCCACACCCCAGGCGACAGCUGUUAGCACAACCCCAGCCUCACCUCUUACCACACGCCAAGCCUCAGCCCUCGUCACAAAAUCUCCAUCUCCAGCGACCUCAGGGCAGUCCACAAGUCUUAGUUGGGUUGCUGCAGGAACUACUGGGCCGGUAUUUGACUUCACUGCCACAACCCACACUCCUGCCUCCACCUUCACUGCCGUCACUACCACACUUGGCGCCUCUGACAACAUCUGGUGGGUAAAGUGUCCAGCCGACCAAGUGAUCACAGGACUGGGUUUCGAGGGGACCAAGAACACUUUGAAUCAUGUCAUAUGCAGUCUGGUGGAGGUAAACAUGGGACCCUUGAACUGGACAUACAUAGAGUGGAACGCCUGUGGGCACGAUAAGCUCCCCAUACAAAUAAAAUACGGAUUUUUUACAUUGAAUCUGAUAUGUAUCGGGGUUAGGUCAGGCUGGUUCUCAAAUGGCUCGUGCCAGACAAUGUCUGUGGUCAGUACCAAUCGGCCAGUGAUCAGUGACAUGGACACCAGCUCCUGGGCCCGCUGGGCCGUGUGUGCUACAGGAUACGCCAUGUACAGCUUAAAUUUCAAUUUUGGAGUUGACUCAAUAAACUGUUGUCCACUCCAGAAUACGUCUUGGGGAUCGUUGGUGGUAGUAGCAUCGGACUCGGCGCCCACUUGCAUCAACCAGGGAUAUGCGGCCAUGGUGGCUCUGGCACUCACCAGUGACACCACCACCGUCACACACAUCCUCUGCUCCUCCUUCAACAGUUCCUUACUGACGAGCGUGGACAGCGCCGCCUCUGUCAGUGUCGGCAGUGAGAACAGUCCCUCUCAACCAUGCCCGUCUAAUCAGGUCAUCGUUGGGCUCAACCACACCAUGUUAGGAGAUGUGUCAAUGACUGCGUCUUGCGUCGCCGUCACCGGCUCUAAAUCUGUCGACGAGAACAGAUGUGUAAGUGUAUCCGUAGACGCAGGGACGGAGCCGGAUCAGCUUGCAGCGGCCACCAAAGGCACGACUCAUCACUGGGUCAGCUGCUCUCACCUGUCUAGCCUCCAUGUGGCCAAGCAACUCACACGAGUCUGGAGUAAAGCGUUCUUUACCUACGUUAGGAAAGUGAAUGGAAUUGUCUGCUGUCCUCUGCACUAACCAGAGAACAGCAGAGGUCGUUCUUAGCCACAACAGACCACUCGUUGAAACUUUUGAAAGACUGAACAAUUUGGAGGAUGUUGACCCAGACAGCUUCUUCUAAAGGUGAGAUGUAACACAAACAAGGAGCAACAGCGUCAAGCUCAACAAGCCACAAUGUAGGUCUGAGAACGGGAGAUGCUUUUUCACCCACUGGGUUAUAAACUUAGGUAGGUAGGCGGUUAUGGAAUCGCCUACCCGUCGAAGCCGUAAAUGCCAAAACUUUUAAACUUUAAUGUCCAACAGGAAAAGAUCAUCAAGGCAAAUGCGGGGAACUUUCGACAAGCCGCCGGCUUCUUAUCCUCGUCCUCAGGUAAAUACAGUUUGUAGUGCCCAAGGCUAACUCCUAUCCUACUGUGACCUGUAUUCUGUCUUAUAGCCUACGUUCACCAGCGUGGCCUCAUAGUUGUGUAGUAAUUAUGUAGUAGUCGGUAGACUACUGCUUCACAGUGAGAGUGGUAGUCUACUGCUUCACAGUGUGAGUGGUAGACUACUGCUUCACAGUGAGAGU